GCCUCAGCGUUCCCACUGAUCCUCCAUCAGCUCAGCGCCUCAGAGACCAUGGCACUGGCCGACACGGAGCGCGCGGGGUCCGGCUGCGGGGAGCUGGGCUCUCUGUUCUCAGAGAUCAUCGAGCUGAACGUCGGCGGGCAGGUUUACGUGACCCGGCACAAAACUCUGAUCGCCGUGCCCGACUCGCUCCUGUGGAACAUGUUCAGCAAGAAGUCCCCCAAGGAGCUGGCGAGAGACAGCAAGGGGCGCUUCUUCCUGGACAGGGACGGCUUCCUGUUCCGCUACAUCCUCGACUACCUCCGGGACCUGAACCUGGUCCUCCCGGACUACUUCCCGGAGAAAAGCCGGCUGCAGAGGGAGGCGGACUUCUUCCUGUUGCGGGAGCUGUCCAAGCGGCUCAGCCCGCGGGUGAGUAAGGACAACUCGAUCAGCGAGGAGAUCAGCCAGAGCGACACGGAGGACGGCGCGCCGCAGCCAGAUACCUCUUUACGCACCGUGUCCGUCAUCGGGGCCAUGCGCUCCCCGUCCCUGGACUCCAGGAGGUCCGGAUACAUCACCGUGGGCUACCGCGGCUCCUACACCAUUGGCAGAGACAUCCAAACGGACGCCAAGUUCAGGAGGGUGGCGCGCAUCACCGUCUGCGGGAAGACGUCCCUGGCGAAGGAGGUGUUCGGAGACACGUUGAACGAGAGCAGGGACCCCGACAGACCCCCGGAGAGGUACACCUCCCGCUACUACCUGAAGUAUAAUUUUCUGGAGCAGGCAUUUGACAAGCUAACAGAGGCGGGUUUCCACAUGGUGGCCUGCAGCUCCACGGGCACCUGCGCGUACACCAGCAACGAUCCAACCGAGGACAAAAUCUGGACCAGCUACACUGAAUAUGUCUUCUGCCGGGAAUAACACUCAGCUGCUCAGUCUGUUCACUUCACUGUAAAUAUAUACAUAUAUAAUAAUCUAAAGGAGGAAUGUCUUUUUAAAGUGUGGUAUCUAUGGGGAGGAAGARACGGACGGGAAAUGCGCCAAAAUUAGAUUUUACGCACAGAGUUCUGAGUGUUUCAAGAGGAAAAAAGAAACAAACUGCAACAUGGAGGCUCAACGUGAGAACAUCAUGCAAUCUGACAUUUCUUCACUGCUCUAUAGCUGACAAAACCCAUCAUCCUGACCCUGCAUGUCAUUGUUUCAGUCAUAAUCUGACUCAGUGCUGACUGUGUGAGCUGUCCAUAACAAGAAGAAAAACAAACAAAAAACACAUUAGUAUUCAGUGUUGUAACUUGAAGGCAGAGUUUUGGCCAAUAAGUUUUGUMGUUUCUCUUCUACAAGAUCUUCUAGCAGAUUUUAUCGCAGCAAAAGACUGUAAAUGUGUGUGGAGUGUUGUUUGCUAAAUCUGUUAAAUAAAACAUCUUCUACUCUUUUAUUCUCA